AUGACUGCUCCCUGGCCAUGUUCAAUGUGGGGUAUGGAUGUGAUUGGAGCCAUUGACCUUCUUGCUUCAAAUGGACAUCGAUUUAUCCUAGUGGCAAUAGAAUAUUUCACCAAGUGGGUCGAAACUGAGUCUUACAAGUAUGUGACUAAAAAGGUGGUGACAGACUUUCUAAGGAAGCACAUCAUUUGUCGUUUUGGUGUACCAGAGACGUUGAUCACCGAUAAUGCCAAGAAUCUCAACAAUGAUAUGGUGGAUGGGCUGUGCGAACAGCUCAAAAUCAAGCAUAAGAAUUCCUCUAUUUAUAGACCACAGAUAAAUGGAGCUGUUGAGGCUACGAAUAAGAAUUUGAAGAAGAUAAUUCAAAAAUUGACUGAAAGACACCGUGAUUGGCACGAGAAGCUCCCCUAUGCAUUAAUGGCAUAUAGAACAACUAUUCGGACUUCUGGAAUGGAAACAGUGUUACCAGCUGAGGUCGAAAUCCCUUCUUUGCGCAUUUUAAUGGAGGCCAAAUUGGAUGAAACUUAUUGGAUUAAACAACGUCAUGAGCAAUUGUCUUUAAUCGAUGAGAAGAGGUUAAAUGCCAUUUGUCAUGGUCAAUGCUAUCAAAGGAGGGUGGCCUGUGCUUACAACAAGAAAGUCACACCACGAAUAUUCACAGAAGGAGAUAAAGUGUUGAAACAUAUUUUGCCAGUACAAGAGGAAGCUAAGGGAAAGUUUGCACCAAAUUGGCAAGGCCCUUUUAUUGUCCAGAGAGUUUUGUCCGGUGGAGCGCUCAUUCUUGCAGAAAUAGAUGGGACUGAGAGCCGCUUUGAUGCUAGAGCUCUUGGUUGUUUGAAGCUUGUAAUUUCUUUGGUGUUCGAUUGGUUGUAUUGUGGUGAUGUUAACAACGUUGAUGAAGUUAUAACAUUUGGGGUUUGGGUAAAGAAACAUGGGAAAUUUUAUCUUGAUACGUCAGUGGAAAGUUUGGUUUUGGUUCCUGAUUCACGGUUGGUUGUUCUGCUUGCUUAA